CCCCCGCGAUGAGGCGUGUGUUUGCGUUCCGAGCACGCAGCUGAGCACAGGCCCGCCGCGCACGGCACACUGAACGCAGCGGUGCCAAAGCUGACCGCCAUUUUCACCCGCAUGAGCGCUCUUUGUCUCUCAAGGGAAUGAGGGGCUGGUCUGUGGCAAAUUCCUCAAAGACGUGAGCAGACGCCGCAGGGUAAAAGUGCUGGUGAGGUGUGUGCCCCGCCAACGCCUUCUUCACCGCCGCGUCUGCCCCAGGACCCUGCAGUGUCACCCACGGGAGGAGCACUGCUCCGGGAGCAUCGCGGGUAUUUGUGGGGCUGAUGGAGCCGCCCUGGGGAAGGUGACCCGCGUGUGGUGAAUCGGUGCCGCGCCCUGCGCUCCGUGCCCUGCAGACGGGGCAUGAGAGCGGGAGGUGCGGGUGCCAGCACGCAGGCCUAACGGACGCCCAGCGCCGCGACAGCGCUAAGCACACGGCAGGGGCCCACGACAGCCACCGGCCUGUGCGAGGAAGCACGAGAGCCUGAAGAGAGGCAGCGGCGGUCGGGAGGGUGAAGAAAGGCUCUGAAGCACUUGGGAGAAGUACUUCGUGCUUUGGGGCUGGGGCGCGGUGAGGAAGAGGAGGCUCGCAGGAUGAGCCCGGUGCCCCCCGUUCAUGUCUGCUGAGGCCUGCUCACAUCAGUGCGCCCGCACACAGCCGUGUCAGGAAGCUAAGAUCCUUGAGGACAAGGACCCGAGACGGUCUUCUGUUGCUACAAGGAAGAUGAGGCUCCACCUGCUUCUGCUGUCUUUCCUGAGUGCGGCCCAGAGCCAUGCAGCCACAAGGCCCAACUUUGUCCUGCUGCUGGCCGAUGACCUCGGCAUCGGAGAUGUGGGAUGCUACGGAAACAAGACACUCAGGACUCCCAACAUUGACCGGUUGGCUGGAGGAGGGGUGAAGCUCACGCAACACCUGGCAGCGUCGCCCCUGUGCACGCCGAGCAGGGCGGCCUUCAUGACAGGCCGGUACCCCGUCCGAUCAGUGCUCAUUUCUCCUGCUUCAGGAAUGGCAUCUGAGACCCUCGUGGGUGUGUUUCUCUUCUCGGCCUCAUCCGGAGGACUUCCCACCAGUGAGAUUACCUUUGCCAAGCUUCUCAAGGAUCAAGGCUAUGCAACAGCUCUGAUAGGGAAGUGGCACCUUGGGACGAACUGUCACAACAAAACCGACUUUUGUCACCACCCGUUGAGCCACGGCUUUGACUAUUUCCAUGGGAUCCCUGUGACCAACCUCAGGGACUGCAAGCCCGGAGAAGGCAGCGUCUUCACCAGGGGCAUCAGGAUGCUGGUGUUCAUCCCCCUCCAAAUCAUAGCGAUCACUCUCCUCACCUUGGCGGUGCUUAAGUACCUGGGGCUGGCCCAUGUGCCCCCCGCGGUCUUCUUCUGCCUUCUCUGCCUGGCCGCCAUGAUCCUGGGCUUCCUCGUGUGCUUCCUGCAUUACUUCCGGCCCCUGAACUGCUUCCUGAUGAGGAACCAUGAGAUAAGCCAGCAGCCCAUCUCCUACGACAACCUCACGCAGAGGCUGGUGGCGGACGCGGCCCAGUUCAUACGACGGAAUGCCGACAAGCCGUUCCUGCUCACCCUGUCCUACCUUCAGGUGCACACGGCCCUGUUCGCGUCCAAGGACUUUGCCAGCAAAAGCAAGCACGGAGUUUAUGGGGAUGCCGUGGAGGAAAUGGACUGGAGCGUUGGACAGAUCUUGAAUGUCCUAGAUGAAUUGAAACUGGCUAAUAACACCCUCAUCUACUUCAGUUCGGACCAAGGAGCACACGUGGAAGAGGUGUCCGCCAAAGGAGAAGUUCACGGAGGAAGUAACGGAAUGUAUAAAGGGGGAAAAGCAAACAACUGGGAAGGGGGUAUCCGGGUUCCUGGCAUUCUUCGGUGGCCAGGAGUGAUACAGGCUGGACUAGAGAUUGACGAGCCAACGAGCAACAUGGACCUGUUUCCGACGGUGGCCGCACUGGCGGGAGCCCCGCUGCCUGAGGACAGAAUCAUUGACGGACGUGACCUGAUGCCCCUGGUUCAAGGGAGAACAGAGCACUCCGAUCACGAGUUUCUCUUCCAUUACUGCAACUUCUACUUAAAUGCCGUGCGCUGGCACCCUCGGAACAGCACGUCCAUCUGGAAGGCCUUCUUCUUCACCCCCAAGUUCAGCCCUGAGGGCGCCAAUGGCUGCUUUUCCACACAUGUGUGUUUCUGCUACGGGCAUGCUGUCACCUACCAUCGGCCGCCAUUGCUCUUCGACAUUUCCAAGGACCCCAGAGAGAGAAACCCACUGUCACCAGCGACGGAGCCCCAGUUCCAGGAAAUCCUCGAUGCCAUACAGGAGGCGGUAGACCAUCACACCAAGACGCUAAAGGAGGUGCCCAAUCAGUUGUCACUGGGCAACAUCGUCUGGAAGCCGUGGCUGCAGAUGUGCUGCUCACCGUCAGGCCUGUCUUGUCAUUGUGACCAUGAGAAACAGGCCAGGAGUGCGAGCCACUAGCUGUGCAUCCAGGGUGGCGUUGGGAGACUAGUGUGCUCUGGUGUGUCAGCCGCCAUGAUUCACGUAGUGCCAAUAAACAAGGGGAUAAGGAUGAAGACAUAAUUACUAAAUCUUAAUCUGUGCAACAUAUAACGGGUCAAGGACCAUCAUCUUCACCAAUAGUACAUGAUGCUAAGUUGUAGUUCGGCUCUUGGAAGGCAGUUAUUAUCGGUAUUAUUUAGAACACGUAUUAAAUGCUAUUCACGAUAGAUAUAUUUUUAUGCUCACAGUUCAUUUCUUUCCUCGACGAGCCUGAGAUACUUAAACUAGGAAGCUAGAAGCUAAAAGUGAGAGGCCCACAGAUAGAUAUUUUUUUGUGCAGCAGACUUUGUAGGACAUCCUUUGGGAACAAUAGUCCCAAAAUAAAUCUCCCCUGAAGGAAUUUCCGUUUCAUAAUGUAUAGUAUUGUAUUUGGGUUUUACUAACCCUUUGGUGGAUGGAAGUUCUGAAAUGAAGGCUACCUCAGGGGGAUCGUAGAGAAAGGAGUCCCUCCCAACGCGAUCCAGAAUUAUCGACAUGGCAGCACGUGCAUGAUUUGAGGGGAAGCCACUCGUAAGCAAUCCAUGGUCCAUACAGGAUACUGCAGUGUGUUUCAGGGUUGCCGGAUUUCCUGAUGAGACCACAGGAGUUAACAUAAGCCCUUCUGUUUAGUAUCCUCGUUUCCUAUGGCUAUGAAAUUCCCAUGCCUCCAGUCCUCAAUGAGAUAGAUGUACGACUCUGUUCUAAUUCUGUUUCUUCCAACACCAGUAACUAAGGGACAAGGCGUCAUGAGGCCACAUAGGCGAUGGGUGGACAGCGACUCGGCGGAAGAAGGGUCCUGAGUCUGAGCGUCCACUGAGCAAAGAAUGCCCCCGGGGGGACCAGGCUUAAGUCACUUGUCCGGACGCUGUACGUUCUCCAACAGCAUCACGUGGAUGCCUAUCCUGGUCUCUAGAGAGGAGCUGCCGGCCGUGUGCCUACACACUCGUCUCGUUUGUGAACGAGUCUCAGCAGCAUCUGCUGGCCCGGAGUUGGCUCGGCUCCAGGACAGGACAGCCACAUGGAAAGACCGGACCACGCGUGGCCCAGUGGAGAGAAGGCAUGCCGUCUGUGUCAGCGUUCCGACAGUGGGCUACGCUUCUCUCUACUUGUCACCCGUGAAGAACUUCCAGGAUCCAGCUGUAUUCCCCUAGUUCCUCUUAACAUCCGUGAUUUCAGACGUUAAUCUUUGUUUUCCUUCUCUUCGAACCUAACCUACAAGUGAUUUUUCCCCUCUCCCCGGGCGAAUGGCUGAAAGUUGGCAGAAAACAGAAUUCUUAACUUUUCAUGUGGAUCUUGUGCUCCAGAAAGUGCCGAAAAUCUGUCCUUUUGCUUUGGGACCUAUUAAGGAAUGUUCUAGCAUGUUAACAAUGUGUUAGGAAUAUUGCCAGUGUUACUGUGUGGAAAGUGUUUAAAACCUCUGUUAGGAACUUGGGUUUUAAGCUGUUCAUGUUUACACAGAUGUAAAUGGACUUUUAGACAACACUGGAUGGCGUAGGGAUGCAUGUGGGAGGGUGAAGUAACUUAAAGCACUUUUAUAGAUUAUGUGAGUACACAUUUAUGUACAGAGUUGUUCAGUCUGUACAAUGUUAGCAGCAAAUGAAGGAUACAUAUACCUCUAGAAAUAAAAUGAGCUUUAACAUUUUUGUCUCAAAAUAAGUUCGAUCACCGUUAUGAAUCAGGGUAUUUGAAAAAUCAGAUUUAUUCAUAAUAGUGAUGAUUCCUAGAUUUCAACCACUUGCCAGCUGAAAGUUGUGGUUGGGGUGCACAGCAGGAAAUUUGAAUUCUUUUGUUCAGGACACACCAAGCCGACCUUCCUUAGGACAUGCUUUUCUUGUGUGUUGAUUUCACAAACCUGUAUGAGGCUACUUGUUUUCAAAGAAUCUCGGUGGCAUUUCCAUAAGGUUUGUAUGUUCACACCUUCCUGGGCUUUGAAAGUUUAAACAAAUUCUUCUGAAAGAAAAUCUCUACAUUCGUAGCAUUUCGUAGACAUGCCACGCGGAGCAAACAGUAACAUCACAGAGGCCUCCUUUCCCAGCUCAGUGAUGCUGUGUGGAGACCAGAAUCGCAGCCUGUGUCGUGACAGAUUCAGGUCUUAGGUCGCCCUGAAGGACACGCAGAGAAGAGCCGAGCAAAGAUGCGGGGAACGUAUCGGGUCCCCGUCUGCAGGGUGCCACCUGGGAAGUGAUGGAGUCUGGUAAAGGAUUCUCAGAGCCUCGUUCUAAUGCCCGUGGACACUUAAAAUAAAAUUCUCCUUGAACGCAA